AUGCCACCGUCCCCGUUGUGGCGGGAGGCUGGACUAGCGUCCAAUCUUUCGCAUACAGGCGAAGGUGCUAGACAGAGUGAAUCACAGACUAAGCCGAGGGAAACUUCGGACAGUAUUAGGGUAAGUUCACAAGAUCCGCCCUCAGUUAAAUCUACUAGUACGCAUUUCGAACCCCAUGCCUCUUCGUACCGAGAACCAGUACGCAAACCAUCGUGCGUAUUCUGUUCCGGACGUACGCAUCGGAGCGCGAAGUGCCAUAAUUAUAGAAGUCUGGCUGGACGAGCGUACGCGGCAGAGUUCAAUCAGUUUUGUUGUAACUGUCUUUGCGAUCACUUCGGUGACUGCAUUUGGACCGAUGGUUGUACUUAUUGUCGUUUACCUGGUCAUCACCCAGCCUUUUGUGUUAAGAAUCCGUAUGUCGAUUUGGAUAUUGGUAUGCCCGCACCGCAGUUCUACCAAGAACUUGCUAGAAGGACUUACCAAGCUCCACCGCCAGGACGGAUUUGUAAAACAUUAUCGGAUGUGGUAAGACGUCGAGGUUCUAAACGCCCUUCUCGUUCAACAUCACCUUCCACUUCAAAGGGGAAGUCUCGUCAUUAA